UGAUUGAAUUGGUUAGGAAGUGAAGUGGAGUGGAGUGGAGUGGAGUGGAGUGGAGAGAAGAGGGGUGGGGAGGGUGGGUCCUAUCCAGACCCAGAUUGUUGGGUGGGGGUGUUGACCAUGUGAGGGCAUUCCAGGUAUUGAAUUAGCGAGUAGAAUUGAGUGGCUUUAUACUACAGAGGCUAAAACCCUAAACCCGGGGACCAUAUCGGUGUGGAAUUGGUCCAUUGUCAAGUCCUUCUCAUCGCCAGACAGAGCGAUCUGGGACUGCCUGCGAUUAGACUUGCGCUGCUGUGUCAGGGGUGGCAAGUUUCCAAGUAAAUAGCAAAAUGUUGCGAGCCCAAUCAUUACUAAUGAGGCAGUUCCACAGUUUGCAGAGUCCUGGGAUUGCCUUACGGAAGCAGUGUGGAUUCUCCACGCUGACUCCUGCAGCUGCAGCUCCUUCAGCACGAGUCGUGCCGGCUUCAUUUGCUCUGUGCCAGGCACGGGGUGUACCGAGAGAUGAGAUUCGGAGCCAGAGAGACUCGCUGUCGAGAACAUGGAGGCUUGUUUCUUCCGAGGCCGCUGGACACUCUCUCCGAGUCCCGACUGCACGCGGCUCCCCAUCUGCCAUAACUUCAGCUAGAUACGCAACUGCGAGUGUCGAUGGGGGAAGCGGUGGCGGGGGAAAGCAGGGAGGAGAAGGUGGGAGUGGAGGCGAUGGUGGACAAGGUGGAGCUGGGGGCGCUGGAGAUUCGGGGAAAUCCUCGCGAUUGUGGGCAUUCUGGCUUUGGUACAUGGGUUGCCUUGACGCACGUCCAAUAUUUACCAAGGCUCUCACGUCAGCCAUCUUGACCUUCUUCGGAGAUAUGUUCUGCCAGUUCGCCGUGGAGAACGCUGAGAAACUUGACAUAAGGCGUAUCUGCACUAUGACUUCACUCGGUUUUUGCUUGACCGGGCCUACUUUGCAUUUCUGGUACCUUGCACUCCACAAAUUUGUCACCGUCGGUGGAACCGUCGGUGUGGGUGUGCGACUCGCACUUGAUCAGUUUGUCUUCUCUCCCGCUUUUAUUGCAGUUUUCAUCAGUACUUUGAUGACAUUGGAAGGGAAUGCAAGUCAGAUUACAGCAAAGCUGAAACAGGACUUGUGGCCAGCUGUUUUGAUGAACUGGAAACUCUGGAUUCCAGCUCAGACCAUCAACUUCAUGUUUGUACCUCAAAAACUACAGGUGGCAUUUGCGAAUGUAAUAGCCCUUGCCUGGAACACGUACAUGUCAUAUCAAAGUCAUAAAAAGGUUGACGAAGUUAAGGUCAUCCAAAUGGAAGAGUUGUCAAUCAAGUCGAGCUAAGGGUAUGAGAUGACUCAUUCAAGCUGCGGCAAAGCAUUACAAUUUUUGUGUUGAUUGGCUCAGGCCGUGCAAGGUCGCUGCAUCGUUACAUUUGUAUUUGAGACAGGGAACAUUAAGUUCAUUGCCCCCAGAUGACGGACAAUUGUGGUGGUCCCGAAGUGACCGAUUCAAUCUAUAUAUCUACGUAGGACCUUCUUCUAAAUUGGACUCACCCUAUGUCUUACCGACAGAAGCUUCUUCCAGCACUUACCUCAUUCUGUACAUAUGAAGAUGUGGCGUAUCUUACAAAAGGAGAAGUGAUAAGCAUUAGUUUCUCGGGAUCACUGAGUGUAUAUCAUACAGACCUGAUUGAACGGUCAUCGCUUCCACUUUCAAUUAUCAACAUUUAUCAAUUUUCAUCAAUUUC